GAGAGGGUGGAUACCUCCGAGAGGCGGACGUACCUUCGCGGUGGUUCAGAAAUGCGCUCGUAGCGAACCGACAACCUGUCGCCCGAAUUUCUGAGUACGCUGAGGAGGAGGAUGGAGGAGCUGGAGACGCUGGAUAACACGGAGUGUCCGGAGUGCCCCGGACCACCCCCGGAGUUCCGGCUUCCGCCACCCCCUCGGCCACCCUUCCUGACGGAGGGCACCUUCUGCUCGGAGGCGCCCCUCGCCGAAUUGGAGGACUGCGUCGCCAUUCCCAUGAUCGACGCAUCCCACCACACGAAUCCGUCUCUCCAGAGCACGGCGCUGAUCAUCACCUGCGCAGUGGUUCUGCUCCUGAUGGCGGCCGUCGUGUCCGUCGUAUUCUGGAAGCACAAGCGGAAAGUGCAGAAUCUGCUGCCGUGCAAGAGUGCGGCGGGCGCAGCGGCUGCGGCCUCGGGGCGCGGUCACGUCCUGCCGGAUGGCCAAGUGCAUCCAGGCAGCGGUCCCGGCAGCGUCCUCUACGAAGAUCUGCCAGACACCCUAGGGCACACGCAGCUACACAACCACCACCGGCUGCCGCACCACCACCCGAACCACACGAGCCAGCCAACGAUCGAGAUGCUCGACGUGAAGGACGGAGGACGUGGGGUCUUUGUCUGCAGCAGCCCCGGACCGGAUCCCUACAGCUCCCAGGACCUCUACAAUCCCGUCUACGAGGAACUCAGCAACGGGGACCAUCCGGAGACGGAUGACGAGAACGAGAUGAACGCUCGCAACCGUCUCCACCAUCAUCACCGCCACCUGUCGUCGUCCAAGGCUGUGAGCGAGGACGAGUUUGCAGAAGACGAGCUCUCGGUUGGCGAGCCGUCGGAGGCCAGGAUGCUGACGUCGGGUGGUCCCACCUGGGGAACCUGUCCAGCAGCCUCCAGGACCGCUCGAGAGCGCCGGGGUAGGAGUCCGAGGAGUCUGGACAGACGUCGCAGGGACAAAAACCACGACGUCGGCGAGUUCCACGAGGGGAUGCUCCUCGAUGCCUUGUUACAGUUAUACCCCAGCGUGGCAGGCGUGGCCGGGGCGAGGAAUUCGACAAACCCGCGGCAACAGUCCGUCCCGUCAGUGGCGCAUAGGCUACCCUACUUUGUACCACCGUUACCGGCAGCCCAGGCCCUCAGAGUGGAGGAGAACCCCUACGAGAGCGUCCCCGUGCUGGGUCCCUUGCAUCACUACUCGGCGGUGCAGAACCGGAAUGGUAAGGAGAAAAUCAGGAAGGCUGAAAAGUACAACAAAUACCCCCAAUACGGCAACGAGUUCUACGGCCUCCGGGGUGGCCAGGACGGAGGACCCGUCUACGCUCAGGUGAAGGACGAGUACUCGGACGCGUACUCGCAGCCCACGGACCGCCUCUACAACGAGGACAAGUACUCCCAGCCUGUGUACUACGGGCCCAGGGACACCGACCACAUGUCCUCCGGGAGGCUCUAUCAGGGCCAGCCUGACAGCAGUUUCGGCAGCGACAGUGGUUACAGCCACCACACCUCGGGUACCACCGGUACCAGCGGUACCAGGGGUAGCUCCUCCAGGACCAACCACAGAAAGGACAAACACCGGAACUCUCACCAUUCCCAACAUUCCGCGGACUACGUAGUGUCCUAG